CUCAUGUCUGCUUGUCAACUUCGACGUCGUUCUGCCGGACUAAUUGUCACCCUCACGAAUGAAGCAGACGAAGUUCGGCAUCAAGGCAGAAGCGGCCUUCCGUCCUUGGAGCUCGUUCAAACCCUCAGAGCCGUGCUGCAGGCAUCAGGAGCAGAGACUGCGCCACCAACAGAGGCAGAGGUGGUCGAGGCGGCAGGAUCGAGCGAGCUCUACUCCUGAGCACUUUCACGCACCAUAAGGAUUCCGCCAUUCACUUGCCAGGAGGAGGAGGCCUGAAGCAGGAGCUGAGCGACCCUUCAAGGCUUGAGGGGAUAGCGGCAGCUCUUGCUAUCCUUGAACUUCAAGCUUGUCGGUAUCUACUGAGGGUCGGCCACCUGGCAAUGCUUGAUGAAUUCACUUUGACAACUCUUUCAGUCAGUGAUAUGAAGUCAAUCAAACUUAAAUGCUGUCAACCG